AUGGUGAAAACAGUGGAGUUUUGCGAAAUAGUACCAAGAAGUUUUCAAUAUUCUAUUGAGACCGACGACUCGUUGUGCGGUGACGAGGAACGUCAACACCACACAAACAUCAAUCACAGCAACGGUAUCGGCGGAGGAGGCUGUCACCAUCAAAGUAUCACAAGUAUGGGCUCCGGGAGCAAAGGAGGCGGCGGCGGCCUCUCGACAGUGAUCAGUGCUCGUGGAGCCCCAGAAGACACGGAGGAUACGGAGAGUGGCGGCGGCGGCAGUCGACGGGGUCCUCAAUGGCUGAAAUGUCUCUUUCUCGGUUGUUUUCUUCUGAUUGCCGGAAUUUCGAAUUGGGCGGUGAUAGCGUACACACACGAUUAUGUGCCGAGGCAGCCACUUCCCGAUGUGGUAUUCAGUUUGGUUGGAGAGCAGCGGUGGGCGUCGUCAUUAGGUGACGCAUGCGUGGCCCUCUGCAUCGUCCUUCUCGGCGGCCUACUCGUCAUCCACAAACACCGGACGACAGUGCUGAAACGAGUGAUCUUCUGUGCUGCGACACUCUACGCAAUGCGGUCCAUCACCCUAGCCGCCACUCAACUACCAUCCGGAUAUACUGACAACCAGGGACGGUGUCGCGAACAAGUCGAGUCGAAAGCAUCGAUUUUCUUUGGACGCCUUUUCGAGCAGACGAUACGAAUCGGGUUUCAGAGCAAAGACCAAAUGCUAUGCGGUGACCUCUUAUUCUCGGGACACACACUCGUCAUGGUGACGUGCUCCCUGGCGGUCGCCUACUACCUCCCGAAAUCCAUCAAACCUCUUCAAUGGUUGGCUCACUUGUCGUGUUUCAUCGGAAUGAUUUGUAUGAUCAUCUCGCGAACGCACUACACCAUCGACGUGAUCAUCGCCUACUGGUUGAGCAAUAUGGUGUUCAGAAUCUACCACGCCUACUGUGAACUGGACAUGUGUAUGGAGCGUCACAAGAGCAUCCUGUACUCGUGGUGGCCAUGCAAAAUUAUCGAUUGGCUCGAAGAGGACAUUGUGCCCGGCCGUCUCGACAACCGUUGCAGUUUUCCGUGGUCCCGGUGGACACGUCGUCGGGGGAGCGGCGGACGCGAACGGGGCGGAGCCCGGCACAACGAGCCGGUCUCGAGUGACUCGUCGUCGACAACUUGUGAUACCACUACAAAUACUACAACAAAUCAUCAUCAAAAACAUGUUUCUAUUAGUUCCUCAUCGACCUACCCACUUCCAUGCUGA